AACACACGGGUGUCAGUUCAACACGUGCGACAUACUUGGCUUUGUUUGUGUGUGACCAGACGUUAACAGUGUGAGGUGACAUUUCCGAGAGUUGCACCACAGUGUAGAAAGGUGUUUUCAACUGCAACUGGUAAGGUUAAAGGUUGGUCGCGACAACUCGUCUGAUCAGCGGACCCUGAUAUGGACCGUCGGAGAGCUGUAAAGUGACUUGCUGGCGCGCUGUAGCACAGACAGCGCGGUGUCCUCAGGAGGAGCCGAGAACUGGAUUCAGUGGACUGAGGAAGAACAGAAAACUUUCCUUGCCACUACUUAAAAUGAUAAACCUGUAAUACCACAAGUCCAUCACACCAAACCUCAUUAGAUCUAAGGUAAGUUUAAAGCAAACCACUACUAACGGAAUUUUUGGAAUAAUACAUGAGCUAUUCUGAUUAGAAAUGAAAUAGACUAUGUAAAGAGAAACAGGUCAGGAAGAAUAGAAAAAUACAGCAGUCCAGUUACCUACAAAGACUUUAUUUUCAAAGAUUUGCAUUUUAUUUUACUGUGUGCUGCAACCUGUAGAACUGGUGUGGCGCAAGUUCCUGUUUUACUUCCUCAGCAAGCUGUAAGUAUCAGCACUUCUUUAGUACUUAAAAGUACUUGAUUAUUGUGAUAGCACUGAAAGAAAUUGCCUGAUGUGAGUCAUUUCCUUUUCUGAGCUGUGAACCAUAGAUCUGUUAAAGCAUGUGAUAUAUGUAGAUAUGAAACUCCCAUUUGAUUUCAUUCAGCAAACACAACCAGACAGAAAAAUACCCUCUGGACCUCUUACAGCAGAUCUAUAUCUGUUGAUGAGUGAGACGCAAUGUGGAUUACACUUUUUAUCACAACAACCCUCUGUUUUUCUAUGUCCCGAGCUGGUGACUUUUGUGAAAAUGUUCUUAAAGAAUGCCGAGACAGUGACCCGUCAUGGAUAGGUUGUUACGAGGAUCGAAUUAUGACCUGCAAGCCAAGAGGCCGCUCCAUGACAGGCAUCAAACAACUCAAAGUAGACUCGCUUCAAGAGGUUGAUGUGAGACCUACAUUUGAACAUAGAGUUCACAUCCCAUCAGCAGCUCUACAAGAAAGCAUAGGAAAUGUGCCUGAGGUGGAUGCCCUGGUGGUGGCCUCUGUAAUAAACAGCAGUUAUUUUAAGCUGAGUCCUCCCCAAAGAAGUAGGACACCACAAAUUCAUCGCAGAAAUGGCAAAGUAUUUAGGGACUCAGCCGUAUGUGUGCGGGCAGGAAACCGUGCAGUCGAGAAUCUCUCACAACCCAUCACGUUAACCUUCAAACACAACAAAGAGGUUGAAAGUGGAACGUGUGUAUUUUGGAAGGAAACAUCAGCAAAGGAUGGAACAGGUUACUGGAGCAAUGAAGGCUGUGACACAAAUUACACGGCACAUGAAUUUAUUUGCAGCUGCAACCAUCUGAGCUUCUUUGCUGUGCUUGUGAAUCCAGGAAUAUCGGUGACAAAAGCUGAUGCCAACAAACUAAACUACAUCACUUACAUUGGAUCAGGACUCUCCGCCCCCUUCGCACUGAUCAGUUUGUUCAUCUAUAUUUAUCUACAUCGGCGGCAUCCUGAGAAAUCCAUAAGUCUGCACAUGCAGCUAACAGUGGCGAUGUUCUGCCUCCAUCUCACCUUCCUGCUGUCCAGCCUCCUGGCCCAACUACUGAAGGAAAAAGAGGACAGCUCAUCUUGCCUGGUACUGGGUCUGGUUUUACACUGGUCCCUGCUGGCCACCAUGACCUGGAGUGCUCUGGAGGGGUUCCACCUCUACCUUCUGCUCAUCCGGGUCUUCAACAUCUAUGUGAGGAGGUACCUGCUCAAACUCAGCCUGAUUGGAUGGGGUUUUCCUACACUGGUUGCAGCUGUUUGUGGGAUUUCACGUGUUUAUGGCAAAUACACUCUGAAAUACAGCAACAGCAAUUUAACACAACACAUGUGCUGGAUGAGCAACGAGUCUGAACAAAAGCUCCUCGUAGUCAGCUACAUCACUACCGUGGCCUUUCCUUUCUUGGUGGUUGUGUUCAAUGCCUGCAUGCUGGGGCUGGUGGUGUUUAAGAUGUGGGAACUAAGAAGGGGUGAUAGAAGCUUUGGAAGCAGCAGUGACUGGAAGAAGAUAAACAAAGAGAGAAAGAAGAGGUUAUGGAAGGACUGUGUCACAGUGCUGGGCCUCAGCUGUGUCCUUGGGUUACCUUGGGGGUUAGCCAGCACUACAUACGUUUCACUCGCUGGGAUCUACAUAUUCACCGUAUUGAACUCCCUUCAAGGUCUAUUUAUUUUCCUGUGGUCUGUGGCGAUGGCCUGGUCAAAAUCUCAACCUGAAAAUAACUCAUCAAUCAGAGACUCUUCCUCUCAGAAAAUGAUGACUACUAGUUUCAACAGCAGAAACUGAAAAGACUAAUGCAUUAUCCAUGACCUAUAUUAGGUGUUGGGCUUCUAUUGAUAUGUAGUUCAGUAUAACCAAUAGGGCUGCCACGAUUAGUCGACUAUCAAUAUCGACGACUGAUUUAAUAGUUGACGCGUCAUUUGAAGCUUUGUUUGCUUUUUUUGAGGUAUUGUGCACUUAGAGAUGCUCUUCUGUAUAACCUGGUUGUAAUGAGUGGCUCUUUGAGUUUACAUUGCAUUGCUAUUGCACAUGUGUGGAUGUGUGUGUUUGAUCAGUUGAAGUCUUUGUUGUGGAGUCUGACAGCAGUGGGGAGGAAAGACCUGCAAAAUCUCUCCAUCCCACAUUGUGGGUGCCACAGCUGCCACUGAAGGAGCUGCUCAGUGCUCUCAGAGUCUCCUGCAUGGGGUGGGAGAUAUUGUCCAACAGGGAUGACAGCUUAGGCACCAUUCUCCUGUCACUCACCACCUCCACUGCAUCCAGAGGGCAUCCUAGAACAGAGCUGGCCCUUCUGAUCAGCCUGUUCAGUCUCUUCCAGUCCCCAGCAGAAAUGCUGCCCCCCAGCAGACCACACUGUAAAAGAUGGCUGAGGCCACCACAGAGUCAUAGAAGGUCUUCAGGAGUCGGCCCUUCACUCCAAAAGACCUGAGCCUCCGCAGCAGGUACAGCCUGCUCUGCACUUUCCUGCAUAGGGCGUCUGAAUUAUGAGUCCAGUCCAGUUUAUUGUUCAGAUGAACACCAAGGUACCUCUAGCUGUCCACAGUCUCAAUAUCAAUACCUUGGAUGUUCAGUGGUUGCAGUGGAGGACGUUUGUGCCUGCAGAAGUCUACCACCAGCUCCUUGGUUUUACUGGUCUUGAUCUGGAGGUAGUUCUGCAGGCACCAGUCCACAAAGCCUUGGGUCAGUCGUCUGUACUCCCUGCCGUCCCCAUCAGUGAUCAGGCCAACUAUUGCAGAGUCAUCAGAGAACUUCUGCAGGAAGCACUGGGUGGAGUUGUAGAAGAAGUCUGCAGUGUAGAUGGUAAAGAGGAACGGUGCCAGAACCGUUCCCUGUGGGGCCCCCAUAGUGAACUCUUAUGAAUUGCUCAUGCAUUUCAUGCAUGACUCCAUAAUCUGCUUUUUACCUGGAUGGCCAAUGAUGCACUUCUGUCUCCUGCUGAUAAAGGUGUUUAUAUCCCACCCCUAGCUCCUGAAACUGUCAGGAGUAGUGCAACAUCACUAUGUAGUACAUGCUGUUUGGAUCAAACAGUGUGUGAUGUUGUUUAAGCUUAGCACAGGAUAUACCAAGAAACACGUUUCAGGUUAUAGAUGGAAAUAGAGGAAACAGUUUGCUAGGAAGCCUGCUGAGUCUCUCUUACGCAGAACCCUGUCCACAUCUUCUAAGAUGUUUUUCUACACUGAUAAGAUAAGAUAAGAUAACUCUUUAUUGUCAUUGCACAGUCAUACAUAGUACAGUAGUACAAUGAAAUUGGAAAAACUGUCCUACGUCGGCACUACAUAUAACACAACACGACACGAUAUGAC